UAUGGCCGCCUACAGGAGUGCUGGGGUUGGAAGGACUUUAGCGGCUCUUUUAACAAAGUCGCAUCCUGUAUGCAGUUAUCAUGGAACAGGGCUCAGCAGACCUCCCCUUAACUCAGUCGGCAGGACUGCUUUGCCACAGCAAGCAACCACUAUGUUUAUCAGAAGCAUGUUUAUUCAGACUCAAGACACUCCAAACCCAAAUAGUCUGAAGUUUCUCCCUGGUCGCAUAGUGUUGGAAUCGGGGACCAUGGACUUUGCUGGACCCAGAGAUGCUUAUUGUUCACCUUUGGCAAGGCAUUUGUUCAGAAUUGAUGGAGUUAAGAGUGUUUUCCUGGGCCCUGACUUCAUAACCAUUACCAAGGCUAAUGGAGACACGGAGUGGAAGGUGAUCAAACCAGACGUCUUUGCCACCAUUAUGGACUUCUUCACCUCUGGGCUCCCUGUUGUCAAUGAGGCAGAUGCUCCACGUGCAGACACGGCUCCUUCGGAGGAUGAUGACGAGGUGGUUGCCAUGAUUAAGGAAUUAUUGGACACACGCAUAAGGCCCACAGUCCAGGAGGAUGGUGGUGAUGUGCUGUAUCAGGGUUUCGAGGAUGGUAUUGUGAAGCUGAAGCUCCAGGGUUCCUGCACUAGCUGUCCCAGCUCCAUCAUCACACUGAAGAGCGGCAUUCAGAACAUGCUGCAGUUCUAUGUUCCCGAGGUGGAAGGAGUUGAGCAGGUGAAGGAUAAGGAUGUGGAUGUAGAAAAGGAAGUCCAGGCAUGAGUUCAGCUAGGAUGUGUCAGGGCUGUGGACUACAUUCAUUCUUACUUCAUUACCCAACAGCCUCCUCUCCCUUCACUGUCCAGUCAUGUAGAAGGUGACUUGAGUUUGGUAGAGGCUGCUCAGUCACACAGCUGUAAGGAAAUCUGUGUGUCCUUGUGGUCUUUUAACAAUAUUUAGCUACAUUAAUAUUAUGGCUCCAAGCAUGCAGCAAAAUGUUUUUUUUGCCCAACAGUUUUGGAUCAGCAAUGAUUGGUCUGGGCUGUGACAGGUUUUUUUUUUUUUUAACAUAAUAUUUUAAAUAUUGGUAUUAGUUUUGUCACUCAGUGCAACAUUUAAGGCUCUCAAAACAAAUAGGAGACUAAUCUGUAUAUGUGAAUAAAUGAAAUACAAUAGGCUUUUCCCUGACAGAUAAAUAUUGUUAUGGGAAUCUACUUGUUUCAUGAUUAAUGGAUUCUCAGGAGAAGAAAUGUACACACUUACCAAAAUGCUUGAAGUUGUAGAGAAAAUAUUUGGUUGUGUUUGUUAUAAUAGUUUUUGCACGGUAUAAUUGCAAUUAAACAAAACGCACAAAUACUGCCAGGAUUAUAUUUUGUUUUGUAUUGUUUGUAUUUCUUCUUUUAUUGUAUAAAUCCUGAUUGUAUUUUAGGUCAUUCUUCAAUUUCAGUGAGAUUUCUAUCAUAUAUUAAUUAUAAUAAUUAUACAUUAAACACACCAUAUUAUCACUCGUAAUCUUAUUACACAAUUCAUGAAAGGUUAUACAAAAGUUUUACAAUAUUUUGAAAUUACCAUUAGCUGACACUUAAUUAAGGGUAAUAGAAUGAAUCAGCAAAAACUAUGUUAACAUUGAUUGUAGUGUCACUAAACUCUACUAUGGUAUUCAUUAAUUUUUGACCGAAAGAUAUUUUUCUCAUUUAAUAAAAAUUGUUUCCUUUAUCUAAGCAGUACAAGACUUGGUGACUUUUCCUCCAUGUGCCAUCUGAACAUACAAAAAAAACGAAUUGGACUUGAUUCGAUAAGUCUAAGUGUUCGUAAAAACCCACUUGGUAUUUGCGGGCAAAAUUGACCGAAUAUUGAAAAUGAAUGGAAAAGACCAAAAAACAGCAUUCUUUUUUUCUUUUCAUCUGUCAAAUUCAAUAAAUCAGACACAAUGCCGGAAAAAAAACUGACCAAAACUACAGGGUAAGACUCUUAAACAUUCUCAGGGCAACACACACAAAUUAACUGGUGAGACUAUAACCUAUAUAAAAUAACAUAUAGAUAAAGUCAUCUGUUGUUUUCCAGUGGAUGACAGCAGUCUGACACACACACACACUUUUGCAAAAAUAAAGUUUGAAAUUGCAAAAUGUUUACUCUGAUUCUUCCGUUUUAUACUCUAAUUUAAUUUUCUGAAAAAAAAAAAAAAUGUUCAGUACAUUUUCUUGACAUUAUUAUGCAUUUACUUUGUAUAUUAAAUUGUUAUGUUUGAAAUAAAUUAUUGGUUGUACAAUGCUUAUUCUGUGUCUUUGUA